AUGAAUGCCAAAGUAGGAUCCGAAAAUACCAAUGUUGAAGAAAUCAUGGGAAAACAUGGAUGUGGGAUAAGAAAUGAAAAUGGAGAACAAUUGGUAGAUUUUUGCCUCAGUAACAACUUAGUCAUUGGAGGUACCAUCUUUCCACAUCUAGAUAUACACAAACUUACUUGGAAAUCACCAGAUGGCAGAACAACUAAUCAAAUAGACCAUUUUAUGAUCAACAGGAAAUGGAGAAGAUCACUACAGGAUGUCAGAGUGAUUAGAGGUGCUGAUGCCAACAGUGAUCACUACCUUCUAAGAGCAAUUGUACAACUAAAGCUCAGAAAAGCACCAAGGCAAGCAAACAACCGGAGGAAACUUGACAUUCCACGACUGAAUUCUCCAACAGUUAGAAAAGCAUUUAACCUUGAACUUAAGAACAGGUUCAAUGUAUUGGAAAAUGAAGAUACAAUAGAGGAGCAUUGGAACAAUAUUAAAUCAAUUUACAAUGAGACAGCAGAAAAAAUAAUUGGCUUCCAGACCAAGAAGAACAAGGAAUGGCUGUCAGAAGAGACAUGGAAAAAGAUAGAAGAACGGAAGGGCAUCAAACAGAAAAUUCUUCACACCAAAUCAGCAAGACUGCAAGACCAGCUGCAGAUGAACUACAAAACAAAGGACAGAGAAGUAAAAAGAAGUGCAAGAAAGGUUAAGCGCAAAUACACUGAUGAUCUUGCUGAAGAGGCAGAAAGAGCAGCCACUCACGGUGAACUGAGUACUGUCUACAAAAUAACCAAACAGCUUUGUGGUAAUAAGACCUCAAAAACAAGACAAGUAAAAGACAAACAAGGAAACUCACUAAUGAGAAGGAAGAACAAGCAAAGAGAUGGGUAG